AUGGCCGGUACCUCCGGCUGCAUACCAGACUACCAUGUCAACCUCUUCAGUAAGCUUUGCAAACCAGCACCAAAUACCUCGAUCAUGACUGCUUCUGAACCUGGGCCCCAAGCCGACACCAACGACCACAUCAACGAAGCCCCGGUACCAUCAAGCACCUCGGUACGGGCUCCUGAGCCUGACCCAAUACUCCAACUAUUUAACGAAAAUCAGAACCUCAUCCGAGGUCUCUCUCUCGGAAAUGCCGAGACGUAUCUGGCAGCCGUGAAGGAGGUAUUUGCGGAAGUGCGCCGAGACCGAGCGAAUGCCUGUGUCGAGCUGCCUCGAAAGCAACGGGGAGCGGACCACCGCAAGGUUGAGCUCAUCGACGAAAAACAAGCUGAGCAUCAGGAUGAACAUGGAACCGAAUUCCAGGACCAACAUAAUGAUCAACAACGAGAUCGACAGCAGGCAGAACAGGGAGUUGACCCGGAGGAUCAACACCAAAAUCAAUACCGUGUACAACACCCGAAACAACACCAACCUCAUCAGGAAGAGCACCAACCUCAACACCAACCUCAACACCAACCCCAGAGCCCACCCAAACACCCCGCCCAUCCCUUCAUCAUCACCCACUAUUCAAAGGAGAACGACGAAGACAAGAAACCUCGCCAAAGUCGCUUGCAACGAGAGGCGGAUGCAAUGUACUAUAUAGAAGACGAUACGGAAGACAGAGAAACCGACUGUGACGAGUUUCGAGGGUUGGAUGCACUGCUCAUGCCUAAUUUUACCGGGGACCCUCGGAAGAAAUAUGGAUUUGAUCAGAUGCGGCUUGGCGAGUAG